AUGUACUGUAAUUGGGUGCCUGGCACUCCUCGGGCACCAGUGACGACAGGCUGCGAGGCUGCCGUCCAGAGGCCCAGAGCUUCCAAGUACGAUGCGGACGUCGCAAAAGACCAUGCUAAUGAGUUAGGCGGCCAUAUUGCCCAGUUAGUGAUCAUGGCUCUGUUAAUGUGGAAAGCGUUCGACUUCUUCGAAGUAAGCCCGGUCAAGCUUGGCGACGACGAGACGCGGUCCUUCUUCGAGAGAAACGAGAUAUCCAGCGUAUGCUCCGGCUCCGACAGCCUAUUCCUUGGAAGUUUCGAUGGAUAUGUGCGCAUCGUUGGCGCAAGCUGGAAGGUCGUUCGGAGCUUCCACGCCCACGAGACGGGACGAAUCACACACAUGCGCCAGGUUGAGGGGACGAGCUUGUUGGUUACCGUCGCCGAGGAUCUGAGCAAUGAGCCAGUCUUGAAGGUCUGGGCCCUGGACAAGCCCGUCAAGAAGACGGGGUUGCCCACUUGCCUAAGCACGUUAAAUAUCAACAAUGGCCGAAAACAGUUCCCAGUAUCCGCGUUUACCGCAUUGGAUGACCUGUCGCAACUUGCUGUCGGCUUCGCCAACGGCUCCGUAACUCUCAUACGCGGCGACCUAAUACAUGACCGAGGGACGAAACAGCGGAUAGUGCACGAAUCAGAAGAGCCGGUGACGGGCGUUGAGUUCAUAUCGGAAGCCAAGGUGACCACUCUGUUUGUCGCGACGACAGCGCGCUUAUUGAAGGUUGUCGUCACCGGAAGAGGCCAAGGUCAACCUCCGAGAACGGUCGAGGACUCGGGUUGCGCAGUCGGAUGCAUGACACUGAACAAGAAGACGGGUGAUAUCAUCGUGGUCAGGGACGAUGCUGUGUACUACUACAACCUGGAUGGCAGAGGACUGUGUUUCGCAAAUGAUGGCACGACAACGUUGGCCGAAACAUAUCAAAACUACGUUGCCCUCGUUUCACCCCCUGCAUCUCCAUCGGCUGGUAACUCGGGCGUCGGGCGACGCUUUGGUGGUGGCAGUACGGAGGCUCUGUUCAGUGCCUCAACUUUUACCAUGAUCGAUCCAACACUCCAGAUCGUCGCCCACAACGAGACUAUGAUCUCUAAAGUACAGGCCUUGUUUGAGAUCUGGGGAGACUUGUUCAUUCUGACUCAAGAUGGAAAGGUCAACCGAUAUCACGAGAAAUCUCUCCAACAACGGCUCGACCUUCUCUACCAGCGCAACUUGUACCCACUUGCGAUCAGUGUAGCCAAGAAGGUCGGCUUGGACGAACAACAACAGAAUAUUAUAUUCCGGAAAUACGGCGAUCACUUGUACCAAAAAGGUGAUUAUGAAGGUGCCAUGGCUCAAUAUAUCCAAGCCAUUGACAACACUGAACCUUCCCAAGUCAUUCGCAAGUAUCUCGACACACAAAGGAUACAUAAUCUCAUUCAGUAUUUGGAGCAGCUACACGAACACCACAAAGCGACUGCUGACCACACGACGCUACUUCUGAAUUGUUAUGCAAAGCUGAAAGAUGUGGAAAAGCUCGAAAAGUUCAUCAAGUCGGAAGGUGACCUCAAAUUUGAUACCGAUACAGCAAUUGCUAUGUGCAGACAAGGUGGUUACUACGAGCAGGCAGCUUACUUGGCAACGAAGCAUGGCGAGAAUGAAUUGGUAGUCGACAUUCUCAUCGAAGACUCGAAGAACUAUAAUGACGCACUCAAUUUCAUAUGGCAUCUUGAGCCAGAAGCGGCAUACCCAGCUCUUAUGAAAUAUGCACGAGUGCUACUUGAGCAUUGCCCAUCAGAUACAACACAGUUAUUCAUCGACUAUUACACGGGAAAAUACAAACCAAAGAUCCAGAUCACAACAGUUGAAGAAGCUCCAAUACAUUCAACUGGUGCGCUUGGGAAUGCGCUCGGAGGACUGGCGGCGGGCACUUCCAACGCCGUUCAGAAUCUUACGAACCUUUUGCCUCUUCCCUAUAUGAAUACCUCCUCGAUUUCCAGCACUCCAGACCCAGGAAGUAAGGGCCAAAGCACGACAACGCAGAACGACCUUUCUUCCGCGACACUAGAUCCAGAUCUGAUUGAGCCGCCAAAAUAUACACCACCAACACCACGGACAGCAUUUUCGUCGUUCAUCGAUCACUCUGAUGAGUUUAUCAUAUUCCUCGAAGCAUAUCUAGAAGAAGAAUCUCUGAAAGACUCAGAUAAGUCGGACAUAUAUACGACUCUUUUCGAGAUGUACCUUCACAAAGCUAGCGAAAAGAAGGGCGAGGACCGCGAAGAGUGGGAGCGAAAGGCAAAACAGCUCAUAUCGGAACGGGACCUACCUAUCGAAAACUCAAAUGUCUUGCUCUUGUCACACCUUUCGGACUUCAGAGAUGGCACCACGUUGGUCAAAGAGCAGUCCGGCCUUCUGUUCGACAUAUUCCGCUCUUACACUAGCGCCAAGGAUACUCGAGGAACGAUCAAAGCCCUACGCAAGUAUGGACCUGAGGAGCCGCAACUCUACCCUGCGGCGCUGGCAUAUUUCACCUCCGAUACUAAGGUCCUCGAAGAGGCUGGUCCGGAGGAGCUCGCAAAUGUACUGCGACGAAUCGAUGAAGACAGCUUGAUGGCUCCAUUGCAGGUUAUUCAAACACUGGGGGCCAAUGCAGUAGCAACGAUGGGUAUGAUUAAGCCCUAUUUGCAAGAAACCAUAUCCCGGGAGCGCCGAGAGAUUGCGGCCAACCGCCGGCAGAUCAAUUCUUUCCGUAAAGAGACAGAGCAAAAGCGCAUCGAGAUUGCUGAGCUGGGAACCAAGCCCGCUGUCUUGAAACCACAACGUUGUCCUGGGUGUGGCGGACUUUUGGAUUUGCCAGUGGUUCAUUUCCUCUGCAAACACAGUUUCCACCAGCGAUGUCUCAAGCAAAGCGGAGAUGGCACCGAGACCGAGUGUCCUCUUUGUGCAAGCAGUAAUAUGGCAGUACGCGCUAUGAAGCGCAGCCAAGAGGAGAGAGCGGACAGGCAUGACUUGUUCAAAGACGCACUUGACAAAGGGAAGGGGGACGAGAGAUUCAAAACCGUGGCGCAGUGGUUUGGUCAGGGUGUUAUGGGUGCUGGGGUCAGCGUUCCGGAAUAG